AUGAGAAGAUCAUCGUUUCCGUCUCUAACUUUGGCUUCAUUAGUGUGGAUUUGCUGGUUAUUUACGCGUAUCCAUUAUCGUGAGAAAAUUACUGCACGUAAAUUGUUAAGAAAUGUGCUUGAUACAAUACGUCCCUCCCGAUAUCUGUCCAGUUAUAUAGCAAAGCAUAAAGUUUAUUUUUUAAAUGCUUACUUAGUGGACGAAGAUGUCGUAAAGAUAAAAGUAAUAAGCAAAUGCAGAAGUCAUUCAAAAGUAAUGUUACAAGUAGCAUAUCGUUCUAUUCGUCAUCUAACUUUAUUUCCUACCGAGGACUGUUCAAACCUGGUCCAAAAAAAAUGUGGAUAUGGUGCACAUUAUGCAGUUGCAAGAAAACUUGAUCAUGUUGACGUAGCUAUGGUCAUGAAUACAAUUGGAAAAUUGUACAUUUUUUAUCGUGACAAACCUUAUCUUAGAAAAACAAUACCUUUAAUAGAUUCUCGAUUAGAGACUCCAAAACACCAGUUAGCGGUUUGCACCAGCCUGCUUUCACGUUUUGAUGACUGGAUUGUUCUAGUGCGAUUCUUUGAGAUGUGGAUCGAACACGGUGCAACAAAGUUUCUUAUUUAUCAACACAGUAUUUCAAAAGAAGUAGACGGAAUCAUUAGACUGUACGAAAACGAUUUAACUGUUGAAAUUGAACGAAUACCGUGGAGUGAUAUGCCAGUUGAAAGAAGCACAUCCAACGAAGAAAAUCCCAACAAACUACUGAAUAGUGACCAAGCCAUAGCGUCGGACGACUGUAUUACCCGCUCAAGAGGUAAGACGAAAUAUUUGGCGUUAACAGAGUUUGACGAGGUUCUUGUCACAUUUGAAAAUCAAUCACUUUUAUCGAUACUCGAUAGCAUAUCGGAAAAAGAUCCAAAUGCCGGCCUUUUUACCUUCUUUAAUACAAAUGCAUUUCUUCCGCAUACCCAGUCGCAAGCGACACAUCCAACACAAAUUGAUUUUGGCAAUUUCUACAAAGUAAAGGUUGAUACCAGAGUUUUUCACCCAGAAAGAAUAAGCAAGGCAAUAUUAAUACCAGAAAGAAUUAUUUCCGAAAGUGUAUAUUGGUCUAUAAAAACAUUAAACCCAUUCACAGUCAACAGUGUUAGUCCGUAUAGAAGCAGAAUUAUUCGACUUAGACCACAGAAAUGGACAACUUCCGAUAAGAAGUUAUCUACCAUCAAAAGAGCUUUUGCGAAUUACAUACCAAGGUGGAACUUCAGGUUCAAAAAAUUGCUGGCAAGUGAAAAGCAAAGGGUGAAGCAAGCUGCUGAAUCUAAUUAUAUGACACUGAAAGCAAAGCACUGGAAAAAUGUUGACUAUAAGGCAGUUGACAGAUUGAAUAAAUGUUACGAAACCCUGAAAAAAAGGAACAGCUACUGUUCUGUACGCCAAAAAUGUCUGGAGAGUCUCAGUAAUGCAGACAAGAAGGACUGGGUCUACGGUGGCAAUAGCUGGACCGUCCUUUAA